AUGAAUCCAGACUUUCUUAGUCUUGAUAAAAAUGAGACAACAUUUUUUUGCUGGCAAAAUAGUGAAACUGGUGAAGCAUCAACACAAUGUUACAUAUCCAUCAGUAAAAUUUCUGAUACAAAAAAACGAAUUAUUGUUGAUUGUAAAAAACCAAUUGAAAAUCACUCAGUCAAAGUAGGUCCGGAUGAUCUAUAUCGAUCUGGUUUCAUGGGCUUUUCUGAUAUGAAAUCUGAUGUGAUUUUGAAACGAUUUACUGGAAAUAAUAGAGCUGUUUUUAAUGUUCUUUUAAAAUUUAUUCGUCCUCGAGAAUAUGGACAACCAACAUUUUUUAAAACUCUAAAUGCCGAAAAUAGAUUACUUUUAUUUCUAAUGAAAAUGAAACUUGGUUUAGACUUUGGUGUUUUGGCUAUUCUAUUUCAAGUGUGUCCACAAACAGCAUCAACAAUUUUUAAAAAUGUUUUAAAAACUAUUUAUGAAUAUACAAAGACCUGGAUUUUCUGGCCAAGUAAAGAAGCUAUUAAAGCCACAAUGCCACAAGCAUUUCGAAAUUAUCCAAACUGUCGUGGUAUCAUGGAUUGUGCUGAAAUACGUUGUGAAACACCACCUACUGUUGAACAACGUGUUUUAAUGUAUUCAACAUACAAGUCUGGUUUCACCAUUAAAUUUUUAAUUGUCAUUAGCCCAUCAGGGUUAAUUACAUUUAUAUCAAAAGGAUAUGGAGGAAAAUCCACUGAUGAAUACAUUGUAAAUGACUCAGGUUUUAUCAAUUUAAUUGAACCUGGUGAUGAAAUUAUGGCAGACAAAAGUUUUCCUCAAAUGACUGAUUGCAUUUUAGUAAUGCCACCUUUUUCUCAUAAACCCGAAUUCACACGCGAUGAAGUUUUAGAAGAAUAUUCGAUUGCUAGUGUAAGAAUCCAUGUGAAAAGAGCAAUUGAACGAGUAAAAACCUUUAAAAUUUUAAAGUAUGUUACUCAUGAUUUACUGGAUGAUAUUGAUAAGAUAUUACGUGUUGCUUGUGCUCUAGCUAAUUGCAAAGAACCCAUCAUUCCUAGUGGGUAA